AUGGCGGCCACCACUGCGACGACCACCCGGAGCAGUCGUCCACCGAUCGUCCCCAAGGACUUCUCCGCGCAGCAACCCGAAACAAUUCGCUUGUACCCUCUAUCGAACUACACUUUCGGCACGAAGGAAACCCAGCCUGAAGAGGACCCUUCUGUUCUAGCGCGCUUGAAGAGACUUGAGGAACACUAUGAAAUCCAUGGCAUGCGACGUACCUGCGAAGGUGUUCUGGUGUGCCAUGAACACAACCACCCACAUGUGCUGAUGCUGCAAAUUGCCAAUGCCUUUUUCAAGCUCCCCGGCGACUAUGUGCACCACGACGACGGCGAAAUCGAAGGAUUCAAGAAACGCCUGAAUGAACGCUUAGCCCCCGUGGGAUCGCAAUUUUCUGGCGAGGGUGUUAACGAGGACUGGGAUAUUGGCGACACUUUGGCCCAAUGGUGGCGGCCAAACUUUGAAACCUUCAUGUAUCCCUUCCUCCCCGGCCAUGUCACCCGGCCCAAGGAGUGCAAGAAGCUCUACUUCAUCCAGCUCCCCAAGAAGAAGGUUCUUUCAGUCCCAAAGAAUAUGAAGCUGCUUGCAGUGCCCCUCUUCGAGCUCUACGACAACACAGCCCGUUAUGGCCCUCAGCUUUCCGCAAUCCCUCACCUGCUCUCUCGGUACAACUUCGAAUUUGUCGACGAGAAUGACAACGUGGUGGCUGUUACGCCCGGGACACCUUUAGGCGAGAACCAAAUCCCCCGCGUCAAAGUGCUCGCAGGCGAGGAUGAUGGGCAGGACACCGGAAUGACGGACGUGGGUACGGAUGGAGAGAAAGCACCUGAAAUGCAGCAGUAG